CUAUUUAUCAAGCAGAGAAAAAUGUCUGGCAGAGGAAAGGGAGGUAAGGGGCUCGGGAAAGGAGGCGCAAAGCGUCACCGCAAAGUUCUCCGUGAUAACAUCCAGGGCAUCACCAAGCCCGCCAUCCGCCGUCUGGCUCGCCGCGGUGGAGUCAAGCGUAUCUCCGGUCUCAUCUAUGAGGAGACCCGCGGGGUCCUCAAGGUUUUCUUGGAGAACGUCAUCCGCGACGCCGUCACCUACACCGAGCAUGCCAAGAGGAAGACCGUCACUGCCAUGGACGUGGUGUACGCGCUCAAGAGGCAGGGCCGCACUCUCUACGGCUUCGGAGGCUAAACUGGACCGACACCGCUCAACAACACAAAGGCUCUUUUAAGAGCCGCCCACUCCCGUUUUCAGAGCUGUUCUCCUUUGUUUCUAUCACAUACAACAUCAGUCAUUUUCUAUCUAUAUAUCUAUCACAAUUAUGCACAACUUAAGCCAUAUAAGUAAAUAGGUAUACACGACACUGAGUAUUUAAUGGUUGCAGAUCAAUUGUUUAUCUUCGAAAUUGGUGUGACAUGAAAAUAAGGUUUAUUAACAUAAUGUAAUCUGUGUAAUUGCACUGUACUUUGUAUCAUGUUCUUUGUACUUAAACGAAGAAACUUAAACUCGGUAAACCGCUGAAACAAAGAACAUGGAUUACAGAGUUGUACUGAAACAUGCGUCAGCUAUAUGCUUGGACUCUACAGCUCAAGUGAGCAUUUUCAAGAAAUAGACGGAGCCACUGCAUAAUUCAAGUAAAAGAGAAAUGAUU